CUUCACACUCUCCCAGCUUUCAUAGUACUCUAUCACCCUCUUCUGGGUUCUCUCUCUCAUUCCCGACAUGGGAGAACUAGCUCAUCAUCAUCCUCAGGAACUGCAACUCGACAUCCCGGGUGAUCAAGAAGCCAAAGAAGAGAACUCAUCCCACCCCAGCAGCACUAUCACCAAUAAUCAAGCAACACUAACCCCUACAACCAAGAACUUAUGGUGGUGGCUAAGAGUGGCUCUCUACUCGCUCCUUGUGCUGUCUAGCCAAUCAGCAGCCACACUCCUUGGAAGGCUCUACUACAACAAAGGAGGCAACAGCAAGUGGCUGGCCACACUUAUCCAGCUUGUGGGCUUCCCAAUCCUCCUCCUUCUCUACUUUAUCCCCACAUCCAAACACCCCAAUAACACUAAUUACCCUCACAUCCAAACGGACCCAGAAGCUCAAUCCCAAUCCCAAUCACCCUCUCUCAAGAUCCUUGCCCUCGUGUAUCUUUCUCUAGGCACAAUUGCAGCGCUAAAUUGCUAUUUUUACUCAGUUGGGCUCAUGUACCUCCCUGUCUCUACCUACUCCCUCAUUUGCUCCUCCCAAUUGGCCUUUAAUGCCCUCUUCUCGUUUUUCCUAAAUGCCCAAAAGUUCACCCCCUACAUCACCAACUCCUUAGUCCUCCUCACAAUCGCCUCAACCCUCCUUGUGUUCCAAUCAAACUCAGAAGACCCCAAGGGGGUAUCCAAAGGGAAAUAUGCAAUAGGGUUUGUGUGCACCAUUGGGGCAUCGGCUGGUUAUGGGCUUGUCCUAUCCUUGACCCAACUUUGCUUCAGGAGGGUCAUAAGGAAGGAGACAUUUAGGGCAGUUUUGGACAUGAUUGUGUAUCCAUCUUCAGUGUCUAGUGUGAUAAUUAUGGUGGGAUUUUUCGUGAGUGGUGAGUGGGCGCAUUUGGGUAGGGAGAUGGAUCGUUAUGAGCUUGGGAAGGCGAGCUAUGUGAUGAAUUUGGUUGGGACGGCAAUUGCUUGGCAAGCAUUCAUGAUCAGCGCGGUCGGGUUGAUAUUUGAUGUGUCAUCUUUGUUCUCGAACUCGAUUAGUGCAGUGGGGUUGCCGAUUGUGCCCAUUCUAGCGGUCGUGUUCUUUGGGGAGAGGAUGGAUGGCAUCAAGGUGAUUGCCAUGAUCUUGGCCGUUUGGGGCUUCAUUUCUUAUGUGUACCAACAUUAUUUGGACGAUGCCAAGUUGAAGGCUCAAAGGAAGAGUGUAGGUGGGGAUGAGGCUAGCGUGAGAUCGCCUCUAAAUACGCCAAUUGCAAGAGUUGGUGGAUGAUUAAAAAUGGUGGGGUGUUUUAGUUUGUGUUCAGCCAAGUUCAAUCAGAGAGUGGUUUCUUUCUGCAGCCACUCGGAGGAAAAGAACAACCAACGGAAUAACAAGAUUGAAAAUGUUGCUAAUAUUUAAUUUCUUCGCUGUUUUUAUUACAAGAAAGGUGAUUUUGCCUUUAGUACC